CUCUCCAGGGACUGCAAGGUGGAGGUACAGAGGAUUCUUCACCAGAGGGCACUAGACGUGAAGCUAGAUCCUGAGCUACAGGGACGUUGUAUGACUGACCUGGGGAAGUGGUGCAGUGAGAAAACUGAGUCCGGGCAGGAGUUGCAGUGUCUGCAGGAUCAUCUGGAAGAUUUGGUGUCAGAGUGCAGAGAUGUUGUGGGAAACCUGACAGAGCUUGAAUCAGAGGAUUUUCAGAUCGAGGCUCUAUUAAUGCGAGCUUGUGAACCUGUAAUACAAACCUACUGCCAUGAGGUAGCUGACAAUCAGAUUGACUCUGGUGACCUAAUGGAGUGUUUGGUUCAGAACAAACAUCAGAAGGAGAUGAAUGAAAAGUGUGCAGUGGGAGUCACACACUUCCAGCUGAUUCAGAUCAAAGACUUCCGUUUCUCCUAUAAGUUCAAGACUGCCUGCAAAGAGGAUGUCCUCAAGCUUUGCCCCAACAUUAAGAAGAAGGUGGACGUUGUUAUGUGCCUCAGCACCACGGUGAGAAAUGACACCCUACAGGAUGCCAAGGAGCAGCGAGUGUCCGUCAAAUGUCGUAAACAACUCAGAGUGGAAGAGGUCGAGAUGUCAGAGGAUAUCCGCCUGGAGCCGGAGCUUUAUAACUCAUGUAAGCAAGACAUCAACCGGCUGUGUCACAAUGUGGCCUUUGGUAAUGCACAGGUUGUUGAGUGUCUGAAGGAGAACAAACGGCAGCUUACUCAGCGCUGUCACCAAAGGAUCUUCAAGCUGCAGGAGGUUGAAAUGAUUGAUCCAGAACUGGACUAUCAACUGAUGAAAGUCUGCAAGCACAUGAUCCGGCGGUUCUGUACAGAGUCAGAGGGAAAGAAUGUUCUUCAGUGCCUGAAACAGAAUAAGAACAGUGAACUUAUGGAUCCUAAAUGCAAACAGAUGAUCACCAAGAGGCAGAUUACCCAGAACACAGACUACAGGUUGAACCCAGUGCUACGGAAGGCCUGUAAAGCUGACAUCCCAAAAUUCUGUCACUCUGUCCUCAGCAAGGCAACAGUUGACAGGGAGCUGGAGGGUCAGGUCAUCUCCUGCCUUAAACUCAAAUAUGCAGACCAGCGUCUGUCUCCGGACUGUGAAGAUCAGAUUCGGAUAAUCUUGCAAGAGUCUGCGUUGGACUACAGACUGGAUCCUCAGCUGCAGAUCCACUGCAUACAUGAGAUUUCGAGCCUGUGUCCAGAGGAGGCAGCAGCUCAGGAGCAGACAGGACAGGUGGAGGAGUGUCUGAAAAUCAACCUUCUGAAAAUUAAACAGGAAGCAUGUAAGAAGGAGGUGCUGAACCUGCUAAAGGAAAGCAAGGCAGACAUCUUCGUUGAUCCUGUACUUCACACUGCCUGCGCUCUGGACAUAAAGCACCACUGUGCUGCCAUCCCACCUGGCAAGGGACGCCAAAUGUCAUGUCUGAUGGAGGCACUGCAGGACAAACGUGUUCGUCUGCAGCCAGAGUGCAAGAAGAGACUUCAGGAUCGCAUUGAAGUGUGGAGCUAUGCUGCCAAGGUGGCUCCUGCUGAGGGCUUCUCAGACCUGGCAAUGCAGGUGAUGACAUCACCAUCCAAGAACUAUAUCUUAACUGUGAUUGGUGCAGGUGUUGCCCUGCUCUUCAUGGUUGGGAUGUUUUGCGGUAGAUUCACCAAGCGAGUGACCCAGGAGCUGAAGGACAGGUAGACCCUGCCCAUCCGGGGUGUCAGAAGGAGUCAACAGUAGAACUGACCACCUCUGAGGAGUCUUUUACACUUUUCCUGAACUCAGAUUUUUCUCAUGAGAUAAAAAUGCAAAAACACAGCUGCAGCAUCAACCCUGAUUUAUCCUCUUCGUGUUUUUUCUUUUUCUUUUAAUUGCUAUUGGGAAAUUACAUUAUUCCCAAACCGCACAGUUGAAACUGGAUAUGACUUCCCAAACCUCAAGAGGCCAUUUUUCCUCUCAUUUUGUUCUCCAGAUCUUUGGUUGGAUAUGUGGUACAUCCUAAUGAUUUCCAUCUGCCUACCUAUUGCAGAUGCAGUAUUAGUCUCCUCUCCUACUUUUGUUUUUUGAGGAAGAGUGAGGACAUGAAGGAGUUGAGGGGUAAACUCUCGGAACUGACUGCCGGAUAAAACAGUGGAGAAUAAAACCAUCCAUCCAUCCAUUUUCUGACCCGCUUAAUCCCUCACUGGGCGAGAGGCGGGGUAAAAUGUAAAUGUGUAGAAAGUGGGAUGGGAUAAGGCUUGCCUUAAGCUGUGUGUCUUUUGGCAUCUAUGUACCUCCAAUAUUCUUGGUUGUCUCUCUAAGUGGUUUUUCUCUGUUUUUUUUACCACUUUGUAAUAUAUAUUUUUUUCUUUGCCAUGGGACUGCCAGGAAGCAGUGCCAACCAAGCCACAAAAGCAGAGCAAACACUCUGUCACCAUUUUUAUUGAUGUUGUUUUUGCUCAAACAGCCUGCAACCUGUGCUUUCCUCUGUUGUAGCCCACAUCCAUUGCAACUAAAUCUGUGCCAGUACCUCCUACUCUUCCCAGCCACUUUUAGCAUUCCUUUGCGGAACACCUUCCUAUCAGACAUCCUGGUCAGAGAUCACUGCUGCUGCUGAUCCCGGUCAGAGUAGAAAAAGCUUUAUUUCUCUUUUUUUUUUAAACUAGCUUUGUGCCAAUGUGUACCGUGUUCAAGACAGGCUGACAACAUUUUAGUUAAAAAAAAACUAUUGGAGAUGUGAAAACAGAUAAGAUCGUUACAAAGAUGUGAACAUUUUGUGUAAAGAUACUGGAAUCAUCGUUUUUUUCCCCCCAUUUUUUAAAAAUCUGUGACUUAAUUAUAUUGUUUUGUUAUAACUUUAUUUAUUAUUUACGCAUGGUUUUCUUUGAUUUGAAUGUUCUUUCUGGCUGCCUUUUUUCCAGCAAGUCUUUUUUUAGGCAGGGAGGAGAAACUGAGGUCUGAGUUCCUCCAGUAUCUUUGCUGAUUUUUCAUGUAGAGUCAGUAAAUGGCCAAUAUAAAAUAUUUCUCUGUCAAUAAGCUUUGAUGCUAAAAUUGAGCUAUAGUUUUGUGGUAGGUUUGGUUUUCUGUUCCAUGCAGUUCAGUAGUGUUAAAAAGACUAAAGCGGGCAGGACAGAACAGAGAAUGCUGGUGAAGAUUCUCAGUCAUAAAGGUCAUGGUUAUUCCAAAAAA